CCUCUCCCUCCAUCCCUCUCUCUCCCUCCUCGUUAUCGCUGUUGUCGUUUCGACAGUUUUGUUGUGGAAAAAUAAAAAUCGAAUGAAGCAGCGUAACUCAUUUGCACCGCUUUCAAAACCGGGAAUUUCGACUCACGUUCAGAGAGCAUCGCUGGAGAAAGUGGGGUCUCUACAAUGUCCACAGCGGAGCCGCGUGUGCACAUCCUGCCUGAGGGCUCUGCUGCUCAGAGCUGCUCAGAGACCAGGCUGGGGGGCGGAGUCAAGCCUCUGCACAGAUUCAUAAGAGGAGAGCCCAAGAGUGUGGGGAUCACGAUGCUCUUCCUCGGUCUCACUAUCGUUAUGACCGGAUUCGUAACCUGCAGAAUUGUGGAGAAGGAAAAUAUCAAUCUCCAGGCUUUCAUGAUCGGAGUGCUGUUCAUCACUUCAGGAAUUCUUUGUGUCGUCUGUGAAAAUAGACCAACAAAACAGCUGGUCACGGCAUGUUUGGCUGUGAAUAUCGUCAGUAUUUUAGUGUCGCCCUUCGCAGUCAUUCGUCAGAUGACUCUGGUGUAUCUCACAGAUAUGCAUUUUGUACACCAUGAAAACUAUACUGAUAUAGAUAACUGUACUGAGGACUGCUGGUCAGAAGAACUUCAUCACUCUGUGAUCGGUACUUAUGGGCUCUUGACUUCCUACAUUCUGAGCGGAAUGGUGCUCCUGAUUGUGAUGUCAGCGUUUGCUUGCGCUGGCCUCAGGCCCAGCCAAUCACAGGUCGUUGUUGUUAUGAAUACGAAACCGACAGCUGACAAUUAACAUCGACUCUCUCUCUCUCUAUAUCCCUCCCCCAUCUCUCCUCUCUAUCCCUGUCUCUCCCCCUCUCUCCCACUCCUCUCCUCGCUCCCCUCUAUCCAUCUCUCCCCUCCUCUAUCCCUCUCCUCCUCCUCUCCUCUCUCCCCUCUAUCCGUCUCUCUCCCACUCCUCUCCUCUCUCCCCUCCUUUAUCCCUCUCUCCCCCUCCCCUCCUCUAUCUCUGACUCUCUCCCACUCCUCUCCCAUCUCUCCCCCUCCUCUCCUCCCAUUCUCCUCUCAUCCCUUUCUCCCCUCCUCCCUCUUCUCUCCAUCAGCAGAGCCAUCUCAAGCUCAUAGACCCAUAUACAUGCCUAUAUCCUUCAUUACAUAUUGAAAAGCUUACAUAUAUUUCUAGAUUGAAAAUUUCAAAUAUAUCUAUAUAUGUACGAAAUGCAUAAUCAAUAAAAAUAUACACAAACAGUUGUAUGUGGUGUGUAA